GACCCCUGUGAGAGCUCGCUCCAGCGCUGCGCCCGCGGAGAGGCCACGACCGAGAAUGCUGGCGCGGGCCGUCAGCGAGGCGGCCGCUGCCCUCCCAGUGAGCCUCGAGGCGGCAUCGGCGCCCGAGGCCGCCGCCACCCGAGCGGGCUCGAUCAGCCGAGGCGAGCUCGAGCGGCGCUGCCGGCGAGUCGGAGGCCGCCAACGCGGCCGAGCGCCAGCGGACGCCAUCGAGACGGGUGAAGCGGAGGCAUCUGGCAGUCGCCCGAGCGAUGGAGAUCGGAGCGAUGAUCGACCGCUACCUGGAGCCGAGCACGGCGACGCCACGCGCGCCGGCCCAAUGCCAUCGGGUGCUCGAGCAUGUGGGGGGGAGGCGUGGCCGCCAGGACUUAUUCGAGCUGCCGUCGGAGACGAUGGGCGCCUGCCCGGCCCAUUACUUCGCCUCGCUGCGCCUGCAGGGCGAACGGGCGCCCACGGGCAUGCAUGUGGCGGCGGCAGUGAACCACUUCUACUUAAAGUAUGGGCGACUGGGGGCGGGGUCUCCGCCGCGCAUGUGGAAGGCAAUCAAAGGUUGGAAGAAGUUGACGCCUGGCCGAGCCAGGGUGCCAGAGCCGCUGGUCAUCUAGCGCGCCCCUCUGCACGGCUUGGCACUGAUGGGCCGCCGCGCGAUGGCGAUCUUCAUGGCACUGGCGGUCUCGACAUACCUCAGGCCGUCGCCCCCCUUCAGG